AUGCAGAGAUUACUGUCAGCCGCGAUUCUGGUAAAAAUAAGUCAAAUAGAUGCAGCAACAGUAGAUACGAUCGCACACAAGCUCAACAUGCAGUGGGAUCUUUCAAAUAACUGCGGCCCUCGUCCUUCCUGGCUAAAACUCGACCCUCCAAGCGUCUCGACCGGUCAUUACUCGGACAAUCUUCUGUGCGACAUUUUGGAUGAUCAUCUCUACAUUCCAGGCUAUUCUUGCUCAGGAACGUGUCCGGAUGGCUUACAACGGGCAGAGAUAAUUUGCGAUUGUCAUUCUGCAAAGGGUUAA